CCUGCUGGCCGUACCAGGUAGCUACCUCAAUCCAAUUUAUGUUUUCCUAGGCACAUUAAGAGCAGCAUAGCUAGUUACGUAGUUAUUUAGCAUGUGCCAAAUUGCUUUUCAAAAUUCAUUUUGUCAGUUAGGGGAAAUAUAAAUUAUUCGGGAAAACAACGACUGGCUAGCAUUGAGGCAAAACUGAUUGUGGAGUUCUGGAGUUACGUUAGACUAUCGACGAAGCCAAAUGCUGUUGCCAGACUUAGCGCGCUAGCUGGUCAGGAAACCUCAUUCUACCCGUUGAUACAAUAGGUUGGGGGAAGAGGAUCUUCAGGGAGGAAGUAGCUAACAUUAGCUAAAUUCCCAAAUUCACUAUCCACUGCAAUGGAUGACUGGAAGAAUACGUGCGGAUUUGAUGUAUCUUAAGGUGGGGGGAACCCACGGUGGACUGAUGUUUUGGGCUAGGGAACACGAACCCCCUCAGGAAAGUCUCUCGCAUAAAGCGGGGAUACUGGGGCCUUUGGAGCCGAAGGUCAGCGGUGGGGAUGGAUGGAGGCUGGUCGAUGUGCUACUCACCGGGGGUGCGCCGUGGGGGUUCAGCCUGAAAGGUGGCUUGGAGUACCACGAACCCCUCAUCAUAACCAAGGUGGAGGAGGGCAGUCAGGCCUGGGCAGUCCGGCUGCAGGUGGGUGACGAGGUGGUGGCUGUGAAUGAGUACCCCCUGACCGGCUACCGACAGGAGGCCAUCGGCCUGGUGAAGGGCUCCCACAAGACCCUGGCGCUGGGGGUGAGGAGGAGAACUGAAACUGUGAACAGGCCUCACUCCUGGCACUCUAUCAAAUUUGCUGAGGCCCAAUCAGAAGCUUCGAAAAGGCGGACGGCGGACACAGUGGUCUCACGGAGCCAAUACGAUGCGAGUUUGCCCGAUGACCUCUCGAGGGGCUGGGACCACACGAACCUGCGGAGGGUUUCUAACCAGUUCAGCUCCCUGGGCAGCAUGGACAGCCUAGAGCACUGCCCGCCCCCCUGCCACACGGGACCCCUGUCCCAGGCCAAGCCCAGCAGCAGCACUGAGUACCUGGGCGGGGCGAAACGCGACUCGGCCUACAGCUCCUUCUCCACGGGCUCCGGCACGCCGGACCACGUCCUGUCCACGGAGAACGUGGCGUGCAGGGCGGGGGCGUGGGACCCCCGGAACUGGCAGAGUCUGGACGAGAAGCAGGGCGUGGGGCACGGCGAGGGACGGGACAACCCCCGCCACUCCAGCUCGGCCACCGGGGGGCGUGCCAGCUUUGGCCCCAUCUGGCACGUGCCAGACAAGAAACGGACCGCGGAACCUUCCCCGCCGCCUCCGCCCCUCCCGGUCCGCAGCGACAGCUUCGCGGUAACCAAGGUGCACAGUGAGGGGCCCGAUCCCUACGCAGAGCAGAGGCCCCCUGCACAGGGCAGAGGUGUUGUUAGGGCCCCUGACAGUGCCUCGAUGGGCCCUCAGGUGGAUGACCGAGGCCCAGGCGGCCGAUGGAGUUACCAGCCGACUUCCAAAAAUGACGAGCACUUCCCCCCCCACAGCUCCGGCUACGGCAGCCAGGCGAGCUCCCGCUCCAGCGUGGAGUUCCCAUCGGGCCACGCCCCUCGCCACCAGCAGCAGUACGGCGAUGAGAGCGCGGUAUACCCGCAGCAUCGAGUGACCGCGGCCACCAUGCCGCCAGAUACAGGCGGCUACUACAGCAUCACCCAGGAGCAGCCCGCCGACAGCCUGCCGCCACCCAGCGGCCAUGCCUGGACCUCCGCCACGUCCGCCACCGGCACGCUCGAUCCCGACCCCUGCGCCGACUACUACUGCGUCACUGCUGCACCUCGGCCCCCGGCGAGGGAAGAGGACAGGAAGGGAGGGGGUGGAGGUGUGGAGAUGACCCGGGGAGCUAAAGAAACUGACCAGAACUCCAAAUCCCAUAAGGCAAUGCUCCGGCUAUCUCACCCACUCCCGCAGGGGCAUUACCCUAAUGACCAAGACAGCAACUACUAUGGAAAGCAGAAGGGCCCGCCCCUUGACCAGCUGGUGGCUAAACCAAAUGGCAAUGAGGGGCGGAGUCAAGGCAGAGAUAAUGGAUAUCAUGCAGAGAGCCGUUAUGUCAACUUCCCCUUGAGCAAACAUGAGAGCGAGGAGGGGCAGGCUUCACAGCCCAGAGAGACGCCACAGGAUGCCUGGCUGUCCCAGGAGGCCGUGCACUCCCAGUACCACAUGGGGGCAGAGGCAGGUAGCCUACAGGAGCCCUGUCCCCCCAACCCCCAAACUGGCCAGCAGGUGACGGGUAACGAGCGAUUCGCCACCAUCCUCCGCAACGUAAUCCAAGAGCGCAGGAUCCGGCUGCAGAAGAGCCAGAGCACCACAGCGCUGACGGGCCCCGCCCAGGCUGAGGAAGAGGAGAAGGGCCCGGAGGUGUCCACCGAAACGUCCGCCUCUUCCUCUGACGGCUCCUUCUCCACCUCCUACAAGGACCACCUGAAGGAGGUGCAGGCUCGCGUCCUCCAAGCCACCUCCUUCAGGAGGCGGGACCUGGAGCCUGAAGUCUCUCCCCCUGCCUCCGCGCCCGCCGCGAUCCUCCGCCCCGAGGCCCCGCCCCCCGCCGGCGCCGUGGUCUCCCGCAUCGGGGGCAGGAAGCGCUUCCCGCCCGAGAAGAAAGGGCGCUCCGUCUCCGAGCCCAACAAGAUCCACCAGAUGGGCGUGGCAGGGGCGGAGCCCGAACCGGAGCCGUCCCAUCGCGAGCCCGCAGGGUCCCUCGCCGACCGGCGCAAGGUCUUUGAGCUGACAGGGAAACCCGUCUUUCAGAAGCCCUUCCUCAAACAGGCCCGUGGGGGCAGGACUAAGGGCGGGGCCGGAGGCGGGACUCACACCGGCAGGGGCCUCCCGGAAGGCCAGCGGGCCUCGCUAGGGCAGCAGCCGUGCACCUUCGCCGAAUAUGACCCCUCGUGGAACGUCCAGUGGAAACCCUCAGGAGCAAAGCCUGCUGGGAGAUGCCACUCUGCCGACAACAUCCUGGACCCAGCCGUGGACGACUGGAACAGAACCCCCUGCAUCCACGAGAGGGCGCGCUCGUCCCCCUCCGCCGAGCUGUACGGACAGAGCAUCCCGGGUUCCGGGAGGACGUCCGCAGAGUUCUCCUACCCUGAAGACGAACCCGCUGGACACGAGGGUGCCACCCCCAGGGUGAGCGAGCAGCAGCACGGGGUUUUGGGAGGGAGACAGAUCUCGUCUCAGCUGGAGCGCUUCUCUGAGCCGCCACCAGAGGGCGCUCCGUGGGAUGACCCAGAGAGCCGAGGAAUCGCCGCUGCCCUCCCCCCUGACCACGGGUACCUCCAUCGCCUCAGCGACAAGCCCCUCCCCCGGAACCCAGAGGUUCCGCCUCCGUACCAGGAAAGCCAAUCCCGCGGCUCCGCUCCCGGUGAGGCGGGCCCGCGUCAUCUGAGGGCGCGGUCGCAGCCCAAAGCAGAGAGGCGCAGGCGUUCCGAAGGCGUCCCCUCCCCCUCCUCCCGGAGAGACCCGGGGCCGGAGGAGAACCGGAGAGUCACACUGGGAGCGGGAAGCUCCCAACAAGAGCCGCCACCUCCUCCGCCUGCCCCCAGCUCCUCGUCCUCCUGCGACCCAGCCAGUCAGCUCCGGCCCCCCAUGGAUGGACUCCACCCACCCUGCCCACAGCUCGCGCCCCAGCGACCCGGCGACCAGCCGCCUGCCUCCAUGCGCCAUGACGCCCCCUGCAGCAGGAUGGAGAGUCUGAGUGAGAGCAGCAGCCGUAGCCGAGCACAGAAGGGCCCGGUCCCGGUCCCAGGCCCGGUUCCGGUCCGGAUAACCCACGAGGCCGAGAGCUGCCCGCCCCUCGGCCCCGCCCAGGAGCCCCGCCCUCCGGCUUGCAUCUACCGGGAGCAGAGGAGAGCUGAGGGCCAAGACAGCACGUACCCGGGUGCCCCCCUGGAAGCCCCGCCCCCUCAGCCAGCCAGCACCAAUGGCAUCUCCCUGGAGGAGGAGCAGAAGAGGGAGGAGCUGGCCCGGGACAUUGUGGGGCGAGACCAGUCGCUGGCCGACAUCCUGGACCGGAGUGGGAUGAGGACCACCAUGGACCUGAUGGAGGGCAUCUUCCCCCAGGGAGGGGCUCUACUGGAGGGGACGCAGCAGCGCCGGAAACCCGCCCCCCGACAGGCCUCCCAGGGCCCCCGCAGCUCCCCAGAGAGGCGGGAGGAGGACAACAUGGCCGCUGCGGUUGGCCUGGUAACCAGCUCAUCGUACUACUUCACCUCCGCUCCCAAGGCAGAGCUGCUGAACAAGAUGAAGGACAUGCCGGGCUUCGAGUCUGAGGACGAGCAGGACCUGGACCUGGCCUGCAAGAAGCACCAGCUGAUUGACAGCCUGACAAGCAAGCUGCAGGUACUCAGGGAGGCGCGAGAGAGCCUCCUAGAGGACGUGAGCAGUAACAACGCCCUGGGGGAAGAGGUGGAGUCUAGCGUGGAGCAGGUGUGCAGGCCCAACGAGUUGGACAAGUUCCGCAUGUACGUGGGGGACCUGGACAAGGUGGUGAGCCUGCUGCUGUCCCUGUCUGGGAGGCUCGCCCGGGUGGAGAACGCCCUCAACACCCUGCAGGAGGACUCCACCCCGGAGGAGAAGCGCACUCUGACGGGGAAACGUGCGGUGCUCAUCCGCCAGCACGAGGACGCCAAAGAGCUGAAGGAGAACCUGGACCGCCGCGAGAGCCUCGUCUCCCACAUCCUGGCCAGCCACCUGAGCGAGGAGCGCCUGGCCGACUUCCGCCACUUCGUCAAGAUGAAGGCGGAGCUCAUCAUCGAGCAGCGCAAGCUGGACGACAAGAUCAAGCUGGGGGAGGAGCAGCUCAAGUGCCUGAUGGACAGCCUGCCCCCGGAGCAGAGGCCACCCUUCUGACCCCCCCCAGCCCCUGCAGUGAGACCCCCGUGCCUCCAGGGGGCGACAGAGACGAGCCCUCCCGGCGUGCGCCAGCGAAAAACGGCAAACCCCUUUGUCGUUUGUUUUGUAAUCCGUUAUUUUUGUAUUUUUUGAAUGGUUGCUGACUUCAGAAGGAGCGUCUGAAAGGGGAGCAGACCCCUGCAGUGAUGGUCACUCAGACAUAAUUUAUUCAGGGAUUCAAUAGCCCCCCCCCCCAACAUAUCACUGAGGGGCACCAGCCUUUAAAUAAAAGACUUUGCAGACUGAGACAUCACUCGCCGUUGUCUAUAUACCAUUUUAAGAAAAAGAAAAUGUCAGUUUUAGUAAUUUAUUGUAGGCUUUUGAAUGUGUGCAGAAGACUUGGAGAGUAUUUAACCCCUUCCAGCAAAGCAAACAGUACACUAUAUCACAUAGUUUAGCAUUUCCAACACGCCUGUAAUGUAAUUUGUCCUUAUUCAUGGAGGAAUCCUAGACUGCUUAAAGCUCACAUAAAACAUGCAACAUGAUCUCAGCAAAGGGUUGGAUGUUGGUCUCUGUCUUUUUCCCCUCGCGACUCAUCUUGUGUUUGCAGUAAGACGUUGUGUUUAAGCCAUUUAACACGAGCCUUAGCAGACCAUGGUGCCUACAGUAUAGCCAGUGUACAGUACAGCAGUGCACAGCAGAUAGAGCCACAGCGAGGAAAGCCAGGUUGCGCUUCACCCUUGGACUAUCCCAGGUCUAUAUCGGCCUCUAGGAGCUCCAACUCAUCUUUGUAGGUCAAGGAUCUGUAGGUGUGAAAGAGUGUGGAUGCAUACGUACGGUAUCAGAUCAGGUCAGUACACCCAGUCGUAAGAUCUUCCUUUAUGUAACUUUUACAACACGUCGCAAUAGCCAGCAGGGUUGAAGAUUAGUCUUUAAAACACAGGCAUUCUCCGCCUUCUCCGUAAGCGAUGUUGGUCCACACUUAUUGAGCACUGUGAUUCAGAGAACUGGUUGCAGCGUGCAGUAAGGGCAGCACUACCUCCAUGUAUAGUUUUGUGUUCUUAAUGGUCCUCAAUGUACACUACUUUAUGUUGCUCACCCAGGGUCACUUUCAUAUCGUGUUCUGUACAAGUUAUUCGUUUUAUACACAAAUGUAUUCGUGCAGGUUGUUUUGCGGUUCAGUCCCUUGCUCUUGCGUGAAAUGUCACAGCCCAUUUGGGGACUUAGACCAGCAGCCCUCUGGUUCUGAGCACAGUAGGCAGCCAGGUUUCAUAGCGGUGCCUACCCACCAAAGGAAUCAUGGCUCUUCUGAUGCAGAAAAAGGAUCGGAGGACUGGAGACCUCAUCCUGCUGCACACCUGCUACACACAAGUCUGCUUCAGGUUCAAAGCUCACCAGCCAUUUGUAAUGAAUGCAUGAAAUUCUUUGUCCUGAGCUCUUAUUUAAAAUAAAUAAAUAUUUGCUGAUCAA